AUGCAAUCCACUAGAACAGUCGCCUCUACCGUCUCCAAGGUCGCUUCCCGCGCAUACUCCUCCUCUGCCAAGGUUGAAGCACGAAAGUUCUUCGUCGGAGGAAACUGGAAAUGUAAUGGAACAGUUUCCCAAACGGCAGAACUUAUUUCCAUGCUCAACCAAUCCACUUUGAGCACUGAGACCGAAGUUGUUGUCUGCCCUUCCCAAGUCCACGUCCAAAAGGUCACUGAGGGACUUCGCGGAGAUGUUUCCGUUGGUGCCCAAGAUGUCUGGACCCAAGGAAAUGGAGCCUUCACUGGAGAAACUAGUGCCGAUAUGCUUACCGAUAUGGGUGUCUCGUGGACACUUGUAGGACAUUCUGAACGUCGUGGAAAGGGAGAGAGUGAUGCCGAGGUUGCUGCCAAGGCAAAGUACGCUUUGGAUAAGGGACUUAAGGUCAUUGCAUGCUGUGGAGAGCCUCUUGAGAGCCGUGAAGCCGGAACCACCAACGACUUUGUCUUCCCCCAAAUCAAGGCUUACGCCGAUGUCUUCACCAAGGAAGACUGGAAGAACGUCGUCAUUGCCUACGAACCCAUCUGGGCCAUCGGAACUGGUCUUACUGCCACCCCUGAACAAGCCCAAGAAACCCAUGCCGACAUUCGUCAAUACCUCGGAGAAAUCGCCGGAUCUGAUGUUGCCGCCGACACCCGUAUCCUUUACGGUGGAUCCGCCAGUGGUGCCACCGCUCCAGGACUUUCUGCCAAGGAAGACAUUGAUGGAUUCCUUGUCGGAGGAGCUUCGUUGAAGCCUGAAUUCGCCGACAUUGUCAACUGCCAAGGAGCUGAGAAGAGCUUGAAGCCCGUCAACAUUGGUAUCAAUGGAUUCGGACGUAUUGGACGCCUUGUCAUGCGUGCUGCCAAGAACGACCCCAUGGUCAACAUUGUUGCCGUGAAUGACCCCUUCAUCCCUACCGAUUACAUGGAAUACAUGUUCAAGCACGACACCACCCACGGUAUGUACGACGGUGAAGUUUCUGUUAUCGAUGAAUCUACCAUCAGCAUCGAUGGAAACCCCAUCAAGGUCUUUGAUAAGUUGAACCCUGCUGAUAUUGCCUGGGGAUCUGCUGGAGCCGACUACGUCGUCGAAUCUACCGGUGUUUUCACCUCCACCGAGAAGGCCUCCGCCCAUUUGCAAGGAGGAGCCAAGAAGGUCAUCAUCUCUGCUCCAUCAGGAGAUGCCCCCAUGUUCGUGAUGGGAGUUAACGCUGAGAAAUACGACCCAUCCAUGGAUGUUGUCUCCAAUGCUUCCUGUACCACCAAUUGUUUGGCCCCUAUCGCCAAGGUCGUCAACGACGAGUUUGGACUCAAGGAAGGUUUGAUGACCACUGUCCAUGCUGUGACUGCCACCCAACAAACUGUUGAUGGACCAUCCAUGAAGGACUGGCGUGGAGGACGCGCUGCUUGCUACAAUAUUAUCCCCUCUUCGACAGGAGCCGCCAAGGCCGUCGGAAAGGUCAUUCCUGAAUUGGACGGAAAGUUGACUGGUAUGUCUUUCCGUGUCCCAACCAUCAACGUUUCUGUCGUCGACUUGACUUGCCGCUUGGAGAAGGGAGCCCCUUAUGAGACCAUCUGCGCUGCCAUCAAGGAGGCCUCUGAAGGAAAGAUGGCCGGAAUCCUUGGAUACAAGGAUACCGAUGUUGUCUCCUCUGACUUCAUUUCCGAUUCCCAUUCUUCUAUCUUUGACGAGAAGGCCGGUAUUGCUCUUACCGACGACUUUGUCAAGCUCGUUUCGUGGUACGAUAACGAGGCUGGAUACUCUACCCGUGUCUUGGACCUUAUCAAGCACAUGGAAGUUUCCAAGUAA